CAAUUAGCAACUGAUAAAAUAUUUUUUCCAGUAUUGGUAUGAUGAAACAAAACAGUUCAGGAUGAAAUCUUUGGAUAAUCUAUCUUGUCUCCCAACCCAAAGUGACAUUGUCAAAUUGACAUAAUAACAACACGAGUAUGUACUAUGUAAUAAUAAAAAUAAUUAUUAAAUAAAGUCGCGACACGAGUCUCUAACAUAAUUUGUAAUUUUUUAAAUAAUAAAUCUACGUAGCUAUGAAAUCAAGAAUGUUCUUCGAACUGAAAGUACUGAAACAAUGGGCUUCCAAAAAAAGUUGAGGGUUCUCCUGAGGUAUUCGAAAGUAGUGGCAGUCGCAGGAAGUGGUGUUUUUUGUGUAUAUUACAAUAUUGUCCAAACCUGCAAAAGUAUAAAUAGUAUAGUGAAUCCAGCAGUAGUUGACCGAGAAAACAAACAUAUAGCAGAAUAUAUUUAUGUCGAUGAUCCCUCGUACAACCUGACAUUCCAAGUGGAGUACGAUAAAGCGAUCAAACGAUCUGUGGGCCUGGCGCGCAUCUGGAAGAGCUUGAAGCAUUCUUUAGCAUGGAGACUGUUGUGGUUAUGUCGAAAUGGGAAUAAAGAUCAAAGGAAUAUAGCACUAGAACAAUUAGCCUCAUUCAAAAAUAACAAAAUAUGGGAUUGCUGUAAACUUGCUCAAGCUAUAGAUGAGAAAACUGCUGUGUUGCUGGCACGGACUUAUGGUGCUGACUUGCGAUAUUUCCUUCCACCUCCAAUACACAUUCGUAGAGCGGCAUUAUCUUAUGAACUAGUUUCAUUCAAAUUGAGAGACCUCAUCAUUGCCGUACAAAGUGUAAAUCCUCAUUGCUGCAUUGAACAUUUUCUCUCCAAAUACUUUGCAAAUGUACAAGAAGCAGCAAUGGAAUCAGAUAGUAUACCAUCAAAACCUGAUAAUAUUGCUGAAAGAGAUCUGUGUAUAUCCUGUAUGGAUGCUAUAUACCACCAUGUUACUCUUUUCAAUUGUAGAGAUUAUGAAAAAGAUCAUUCAACCAAAAAAUUAAUCAGUAUGGGGCUAUUACCUAUAUUAGCUGAAACCCUGUUAAGAUACCGUAAUGAUCCAGAUUGUGACCUAGCUGUGCUCAAAGUUCUUACUGUUUUAAGUGUACAUAACAAUUUGUUGAGAGAGUUUUUUCAAAAUGGCCUCAUUGGUGAAUUAUCACGACUUAUACGGUCGAAGGAUAUUAGAUUAUCAAGUUCAGCAGCAGUAUGCCUUGCAAAUUUAUCUGGAGAACAUUGUUACAGACCUGGACUAUAUUUGUUGCAUCCCAUCUACAGAACUACAGCAACUACUGCCUGCGAUAUUUUGCUUGUACAUGGACUCAGGGGAGGUGUAUUUGUCACAUGGAGGCAACGGGAUAAAAAGUGUGCUGAGCCCCUUGGGAUAAUCGAAGUUACUGUAUCUGAUUUUGACUGUGAGUCAUGUAAGAUUGUAAGAAUACCACCAGAGAAGAAAUAUUUAGAUCCUGAUAUGCAGCAAGUAAUGGAAGAUUUAAUAGAAAUAGAAGAUGAAGCAUUAUUAUCAGAUUUAGAAGUAGUUCUGCAUGAUCUUCCUAUUCAAGCUAUGAGAGUACCCCAGUCAUCCAAUAAAUUUACUGCUAAUCACAAAAGAGUUGCAUUAAAUCAAGAAGAAGAAGACAAAGAUAAUUAUACAGUCUGCUGGCCUAAAGACUGGCUGCCCAAAGAUAUCAGUAACUUGAGAAUACUUGGUGUGAAUUACUGGACUUCAUUGUCAGAAUGGCUUGAAAGGUGUCCAUUACAAACAGCAGAUAUAGCAACUCGGGGUUCAGAAAUGGUGCCUGCACUCAUAGAUGCUGGUGUUGGCAAUAAGUCUACACCAGUAGUCUGGCUAGCUCAUUCUAUGGGUGGAUUAAUUGUCAAACAAGUGCUAGUUGAAGCAUCCCAAAGUGAUCAGCAAUUAUUGAAAAAAAUAGCUGAGAACACUAAAGCUGUAUUUUUUUUUAGUACCCCACAUAAAGGUAGUUCUAUGGCUACAAUGCCCCGAGCAGCUGCUGCUGUGUUAUGGCCUUCUAAUGAUGUGAGACAAUUACAACAAGAUUCACCAACUCUAUUGAACCUACACAAAGCAUUCAUUGAGUUUGCAGAUGCUUAUAGUUGGGAAACUAUAAGUUUUGCUGAAACCAUGCCAACGCUAGUCACAGCAUUUAAAGUUCCUGUACAUUUUGUGGAGUCAUUUUCGGCUGAUUUGGGCCGUGGUGAAUUUUAUCAACUACCUCUUGAUCACCUGUGUAUUUGCAAACCAGCAACAAGACAAUCAAUUUUGUAUACCACAGUAUUAGAUGUCCUACAAAGAGUAGCCAUUAAGGAAGAAAAGAUACCAUAUACAAAUACUUUCAUCCAAACAGCUUCAGACUUAUUUUGGUGGCUUCUAAGAACAAAGGUCAAAGAAGUAUUGGAAACCAUAGAUGAAAACCAAACGAAUGAAGGUUUGCGAUGGACAGAGAGGGUCUUGUUGAACACUUUCACAGAUUAAUCUGCCUCAAGGCCUCAAGUAUAUUUUGAAGUAUUAAUUUAUUAUUUUGUCAUUUUUUGCUGAAACAUAAUCAUUUAUUGUUUAAACAAGUCCUGGACAUUAUUUUUUGAUAAUAAUGUAUAAGAGAGUAAUUUUUAACAGUAUUCUAUAGUGAGAGGGAGAAGUAUGUGGUGCCAUUGACUUAAGAAACUAAUACUCUAGAUAGGUAGGUACUUUAGUAUACUCGUUUUAUUUGAAAAUUCUAUUUAUUGAUGUUCUGAAUGUCAUGUUUCCUAUUACCUGCUAUUGAGUAAAGUAUUUUGUGUAAAGAAAAUAA